CAAACUUCUGAUUUUUAUUAUAUGUCGUUUCUCGUUUCAUGUGGGGGGGUCUGCUGCGUCGUUUUCUUCGUUAAUCCAACGUAGCUGUGUUUUCUUAUUUCUUUGUGCUUUUCUCUGAAUAUGUUUAUGCUUUCAGGGUGUCUCCACUACCGUUGCUAGCUCAAGUUAUUUUUUAUUUUUUAUUUUAUUUAAAAAACACUACUAGAAAAAUCAUAUAGCGAGGAAAAUUUCCUUGCUAAUUUCAUCCUCGUUACUACUUUCCUUCGCAAAUUCUAUCGCAAACGAUUAUGCGAGGAAAUUUGCCGGGGUAUAAGUAGUAGCGAGGAUAAAAUUAGCGACGAAAUUUGGAUAGCAAUUCCCUCGCUAUAUAGGAUUUUUCUAGUAGUGAAAAAAGAAGAGAAGCUGCUAUAGAUAUUGGUGAUGCUAGCUGUGUGUUGUUUGUGAGAGUCAGUAACUAGAUCCUUUAGAAUGGAACCCCAUAACUAGGGUUUCACUCGUUAGACAUGGUGAUUAAUUAACGUUGUCAUGUUGUUUUACGUAAUUGGGUGGUUCUUGUACCGUUUGGUGGGUGGAAAAGCAUCAUGUAAUGGAGCUGCUUUUGAGAGAAUUAUUAAUGCUUUUGGUGUCUUCGUUUUUUUCCUACGGCAAGUUAAAGGUAGUGAGAAUUGAUAAAGGAAACAAGAACAAGUAAGUAGCUUUAUUUGAGCCAUUACAAAGUGAAUAGAAUAACGAUGCUGGAUCGGUUUCUUCACUCUCAGUUUUGCCUUGCCCACACAUGUAAUGUAAUUAUUGUGUUAUAUUUUUAUGGUAGUUUUCUCCCUCCCUCUCACCUGUAGUGCAAUUUGUGGUUAUUUUAAUUUAAUUUUCGGUUAGAAAAAAUGUGAAAUUAUAACUGACUUUUUUUUUUCUUAUUGUUUUCUAAUUAAUUAAACAUGUAAGGUCGGUUAACUCAUUGUUUAUGAGUUAAUAAGAGGCUUUGGAAUGAGCAGCUUAAGGCCUGAAUCUCAUGUAGCGCAACAAAUUCGGCGGGAUAAAUUGAGAAUCCAGAACAGUUCACAGGAAUUUCCUAACAAUAUGGAACAGUUAUCAUUAUUACACCCUGGGUUUAACUUGGAUCUUCUUCCAGUUAGGAAUGUUAGGAAUUCUAAUUUGCUUGAUGAAGAACCUGCUGUUUAUUCAUCAGAAAUGCAAAACUUUUCAAACCCUUUGCAAAGGAACGGAUUGGAGUAUCAGGAACUAGGUGCAGCUGAAUCUGGUAGCAGGCUAAUGAUGCAUCAGUAUGGUUCAUUUCCUCAUUCCUUGUCUGGUAUUCAUUCUUCUUCCCAAAAAGAACAGUGUAAUUAUUUGGGAAAUUGGAGAAGCAGUGCACAGAAUCAACAAGGUUGUGAUUGGAUUGUAAAUUAUGGAAGCAGUUCUCUGUCUGCUGCUGAGCUCAACAAUGUGUCCACUUACAAUGAAGUUACUGAAAUACAAUUUAACAAUGCUUCUGGUGGAGAAAUUCAAAAGCAAUUAGGUGUAAUGCAUCAUCAUCAUCAUCCUCCUCAUUCUUCUUCAUCUCCACUUUAUCAGAAUGCUUUGCAGGAUAUUGUUAAGUCAGCUUCUAUUAGUGCUCAUGGAUCAGACAUGUCUUCACUGAUGCAGCAGCAGCAGCAGCAAACUGGCCAUGGCAUUUGGGUAGGUGAUGCUAAUGAAUUUGAACCUCAACCAAGCUAUGGAAAUCAGAAUAAUAAUCCGUUGCGUUUUGGGUGGACAAAUCGAACGGUUGAUUCUAAUCCUCAGAGCUUAUCUUUAUCAUUAUCAUCAAAUGCACAAUCCAAGCCUUGUGUUUCUCAGUUUGAAGAUGGGACUGCAUCAGAUGACCUUCAAUCUGGAAGUGGCAUUUCUAAGGAUCCUCAAUGUUUGAAGUAUAUGAAGUCUAUUGUGAAGUCCUCUAUAGAAGACACGGUUGGGUUAACUUCAAAGGCUAGUUAUAGAAAUGUGGGUCCCCUUGGCCCUUUCACCGGGUAUGCUACUAUUCUUAAGAGUUCAAGAUUCUUAAAAUCUGCUCAACAAUUGUUAGAUGAGUUUUGCUGUCUCUCUGGUUCAAAAUUUGGGAAAACAUGUGAUGGUUCAGAAAGGGUCUCUGAAGAUGUUAGUGCUUCUACUUCUGCUGAUACUGUCACAGUCAAUGAAACUGGGGUUGCCACAAAUAAUGCUAGUAAUUCAGGUUCUUCAUCAUCUAUGUUCUAUAUUUCAAACGAAAAUAGUGCUGAUAUGGGAGCCGGAAGUGGUAGCUUUUGUCUUUCUUCGCGGCCGGAUUAUCAACAGAAGAAAGCAAAGCUACUGUACAUGCAAGAGGAGGUUACAAGGCAUUUCAAGCAGUACCAUCAACAGAUGCAAAUGGUUGUUUCAUCCUUUGAGUCAGUAGCGGGUCUUAGUUAUGCUACUCCUUAUAUCUCGUUGGCUCUCAAGUCAAUAACAAGACACUUCAGGUGCCUAAAAAAUUCUAUCUCAGAUCAGCUUAAGCUUAUAAGCGAAGUCUUGGGAGAGGAUUUGUCAAUACCUUCCACCAGCACUAGUAGCAAAGUUGACACUAACAUGGAAAGGCUAAGGUGCAUUGAUCAUAACUAUCAGAAGAACAAAUCUAGCAGAGUUGCCACGGGCCUUCUUGAACCCCAACAGCAUGCUUGGAGGCCCCAGAGAGGCUUACCAGAACGUUCAGUGGCAAUUCUCAGAGCUUGGUUAUUUGAGCAUUUUCUUCAUCCUUACCCCACAGACACUGAUAAACACAUGUUGGCUACUCAAACAGGUCUUUCUCGAAACCAGGUAUCAAAUUGGUUUAUAAAUGCCAGAGUUCGUGUGUGGAAGCCAAUGGUUGAGGAAAUACACAUGCUUGAAACAAAAACAACAACAGGUGCCAACGAGAACUCUAGUAAAAAUGAGGGAACUUCGUGCACUGAAGGUAGUACCAGACAGCCUAGAGUGGAUAAGCCAAUGAGCAAAUUUGGCAUGCAUUCAAUACCUGAAAACCAAUAUCAGGAUAUUGAAAUGGGUUCAUCAUCCAUAGCCACCAAUGUGGAGGAAAGCGAGUUGAAUGCAGAACAAUGGAGUCAAGAGAAACGGUCUAGAUUGGAAUGUAUGAAUUCUAGCAUGGAUGGUACACUGAUGGGUUUUGUGCCAUAUAGACGUGGUGGAAUUGAGAUUGGAGGACUUGGGUCUGUGUCACUAACAUUGGGUCUUAGGCAUGGCCAUGUUGAAGGUGUGCAGCAACAACAACAACAACAAUUGCAAGAGGAGCAGCUUAGACGUCACCUUGGAGGGCAUAUGAUCAAUGACUUUUAAGGUUGAUUAUCAUGCCUUGUAAUGAAUGGGUUGGGAAUGAAAAAGGAGUUAAGAGUAAAGAUAAGGGACACCCUGUGCUACUAAGUCACGUGCUAUAAGAAGUGACAAGCAAAAUUUGUGGCCAAUAAUUUGGAAAAUGUGUGGGGUGUUUACAUCAAGUGUGGAAAUGGGUGGCCAAAGUUCUAUACUUUGGUAUAUCUCUUCCACGAGGGCAUUGAAAACGGUGACAAUUGUGUUGUGAGGUUUGUGUUAGAGAAAGAUGGGGUGUAAGCCAGUGAGUAACUUAUGGUUUAAGCAUUUAUUAACUUGAUGUGAUC